AUGAUGAAUCAUACAUACAGGUGGUGCCAGACUCCCCCCUCAGUAACCGUCUGGGUCAAAGCCAACAGUUUACACUCCCGCCACAUCCGAACAGAUCUCCAGCUCAAAAGAGCCAGUGGCCGAGACGCCCAGGGACCAGCAGGGAAGAGCCAGCCGAGCCAGCGCCGGGAAGACAUGUAUUAUGAUCAAAUGACAGUAACCCCAACUAUUGGCAUCCAGCGGCAGGAAAUGGCGUCAUUCUUUAGACUUUUUGAUGAUGACCUGAUGCAAGACUUUUUGUGGAUGGACUGUUGCUGCAAAAUUACCGACAAGUACCUUCUAGCCAUGACUUUUGUGUACUUCAAAAGGGCCCGCUUCACUAUAGCUGAAUACACCAGGAAGAAUUUAUUCAUUGCACUUUAUCUUGCCAACACCAUGGAGGAGGAUGAGGAGGAGAGCAAGUACGAGAUUUUUCCAUGGGCGCUCGGAAAGAGCUGGAGGAAGCGGUUUCCACACUUCCUCAAGCAGCGAGACAAGCUGUGGGCUCGUAUUGAGUACAGAGCGGCUGUCAGCAGGCGCUGCUGCGAAGAGGUGAUGGCCAUUGUGCCCUCUCACUUCGUGUGGCAGCGAGCACGGUCAGAGCACCACAGCGGCGCCCAGCGGCAGUAUGGUGACACUCGUAUUCCCCGUGGGCCCUCUGCCUCCCCGGUUCCCUGUGCCCUAUGUAACCGUGGCAGCAGUAUUGAUCCCUCCAUGUGCUCUUCUGCACCGACCCCAAACCCUGCAUUUUCCCAGCCAUACACUUCCACAUUGAGUUUGGAGACCACCCCACCCAGGGCUGCAGCCUUUCGCAGGGAGGCUUUGGAGACAAAGGUCCAGGCACAGCAUUCCUCCUGCCGCUGUGCUGAGGAAGUACCCAGAGAUGAGUCUUCCUGUGGGUCCACAUGUGACACCUCCAUGGACUGGAUCAAUGUGGAGUAG